AAUGUAUACUUUACUCUUUGUUAGUUUUAUAAAAAAAAAAUGGUUCGGUUUCUGAUGUGAUAGCGAUAAAAUAAAUUGUUAAAAAACAGGAUAAUUUAGAAUAAUACGUGAUAUGUUUGAUGAAUAUUGUGUUGGUGCUUCUGCCCUUUGAGUAUUUUUAAACUUCUUUCUUAGUUUCCUAGUUACGUACAGAGACCCGCACGGGUUGUCGCUAUUUAAAAUGUCGGGCGACCACAAAACACUGAUAAAAGGAAGUCCAUCGCAGUAUGUUAAACUGAAUGUAGGCGGUACUUUAUUUUAUACUACGAUCGGAACUCUAACGAAAAGUGACAAUAUGUUAAGGACAAUGUUCAGCGGCAGGAUGGAAGUGCUCACAGAUUCUGAAGGUUGGAUACUCAUUGACCGGUGUGGAAAACAUUUUGGAACUAUUCUUAACUACCUCAGAGAUGGUACAGUUGCAUUGCCAGAUAGUUAUCGCGAAGUCAUGGAGUUAUUAGCUGAGGCAAAAUAUUUUCUAAUUGAAGAACUGACAGAAUCUUGUCAACAGGCACUAGCAAAGAAAGAGCGAGAGGCAGAACCAAUAUGUAGGGUCCCUUUGAUAACUUCACAUAAAGAAGAGCAGUUGCUUAUUAUGUCAACAUCAAAGCCUGUGGUAAAACUACUCAUAAACAGACACAACAAUAAAUAUUCUUAUACCAGCACAUCAGAUGAUAAUUUACUCAAGAAUAUUGAACUUUUUGAUAAAUUAUCAUUAAGAUUCAGUGGCAGGGUUCUGUUCAUAAAAGAUGUUAUUGGGUCUAAUGAGAUAUGCUGUUGGUCAUUCUUUGGACAUGGAAAAAAAUGUGCAGAAGUCUGUUGCACAUCUAUUGUAUAUGCCACAGAUAAGAAGCAUACAAAAGUGGAGUUUCCAGAAGCAAGAAUUUAUGAAGAAACUCUUGGUAUUCUACUAUAUGAAAGUAGAAAUGGUCCAGACCAAGAUCUAAUACAAGCGACAUCAUCCCGUGGUGCAGUAGGAGGGCUUUCUUGUACCAGUGAUGAGGAAGAAGAACGGUCGGGUUUGGCACGCCUCAGAUCAAAUAAGCAGAAUAAUCAGUCUUAGCGGUUACAGUCUGGCUUGGCACGCCUUAGAAGCUCUAAAAGGACAAAUGUCUGAUACCAAGCCGGCUUUAUAAUGCCAUGCUGUUGGUUGCCAUGCUUUGGUUUGUAGAAGUCAUUGAGCUGUGUCUAUGCCCUUUCUAUAUGGGUCUCUCUUUUUGUGAGCUCUCUUUGAUAUGUGAAGGUUUCUAAGGUGGGAAGUAUAUUAUCAUUGUGUCAGAUGGCUGGUGGCUGGUGGAUCAGUAUGAUGGACUACUAUUCUGUGUUUACAUAUCCAUUUUGUGUUUAGUGGAUGUUUGUCACAAAAUAGUUUAUAGUUGAUCCAAUUGGCAGGUGUAAAAAUGUAUCAUUAAUAACCCAAUCUGAUAAUUUGAAGGCUCCAUUCAACUAGAACUAUUUCAAGAGUUAUUGUUAAAUAGUUGUUAUACCAUGACAUUAGAUGUGAAAAAUAAAAUAAAACUACAAUAAAUUUUUUUUAAUAAAGUUUCAUAGAAUCAUUAAUUAUAUUACAAGGUAAUAUAAAAUAAUGUAUGUAUUGAUUGUAGUAGUAAGAAAAAUGUAAAAGGUAUACUUUUUCCUGUACUUUAAUGUAGUCUAAUAUUUGUUUAAAAUUAGUUCUCAACAUAGCUCAAGUAAAUUGCCAAAUUGAUGUUGUUAAAAAUAUCUUUAUAUUUUAUUUGGAUUCAAUGUCUAGUGAAGUAUUAGUUAUUUUAUUAGACAUUCUAUAUAUUUUUUAUAUAAUAGAAACUUAUGCUUUAUACAGGUAAAAUAAAAAACUUGCAAUGUUAGUACAAUAAAUGUAGCUUGUUAAUGCAGGGUUUGCUUAAGAUGCUUAUCCUAUAUUAUCCUAAAUUAAUAAUAUUGAAUUAGAAUUACUAAAUGCCAUUUUAAAUGGUUUACACGUCAGAUAAUUUUGUGUCUAGUCUGAUAUUUUUAUGGUUCAAAUCAACAAUUCUAGGUUUAUAGUGAUAAAAAAUAACAAAAUCUGGAGGCUUAAUAUAUUUAAUAAAUGAUUUCUUAAUAAUAAAUUUAUUGGUCACUACAGAUAUUGUUAUUUAUGAGGUUUUUCACUAUUUAUCCACAUAGACUUAGCUGACACCUUUUUCUACCAUUGAAAAAUAUACAAGAUUUAAAAUUAAAGUUUGUCCCGUUUCUUCAUCUAAGUGUUUAAUAUUAAGAGUUAUAAAAUGUAUCUAAUUGUUAAUCUUAUAAUAUAUAUGCUCACGGAUUAGCUGUCUGGUGUUGUUUUGUUUUUAUAAUUAAUUACUAGUGCUCUUCAAACUGUUUGGUAUCUGAGGUCAGAAAUCCCAGC